AUGGAACAGCCAGCUCAAAAAAGAGUGUCGAAAGCUUGCGACGCUUGUAAGCGCCGGAAAGUCAAGUGCAACGGACAGGAGCGUUGCCAGCAAUGCGCCCAUCUCGGUCUGCGAUGCAUAUACUCCCCAUCCAGCAAACAGAGAUCGCAGGGAAAGAGAGGGCAUAUCAUCUCGGCCUUUAGGAAUCAGACAUAUGGCGCGAAUGGCACUUCACCGCCCUUAUUACCGGCGAAAUCGGAGCAAGUGUGCUUCCAACCAGCAUAUGGUACCAUCUCACUAACGAUCGAGCACAACGAGGGUGAACCCACAUCUCCUGUAUCGCCAUUCCCAUUGCAGUACAGCAAAGAAUUUUUCUUGGAUCUAAUACCUGACUAUAUGGAAGGGGUCUACCCGGUUCAACCUGUCAUCACAGAGCAUGAGUUAAGGCAGUACAUCGAAGUAAUGGACACCGACCAGGCGGUGCGUUCCUUCGUCUACGCAUUUGGUGGCUGCACGCUUAAUCUCACCCGGUAUGGCAAUCGCAGGACAGAAGGGGUGGUUCAAACCAUCGAAAACCUCAUGGAUUACUCAAUCGACAGCAUGAGGCCUGCCCACAGACAUUUCCACUUUUCCGUUAUGCGAGCGAUGCAGGCCAUUUUCAUACAUAAUUGUCUCAUGAGCCUGCAAGGCAGCGAUGCCGCCUUCUUCUACAUGAGAGACGCUAUAUCAAUCAUUCAAUUGCUCCGGAUCGACAAUGCGGAAAGCGCUGCUAGUCUGUCGCCUCCAGAGCGCUCGAGGAGACAACGCUUAUACUGGCAAGCUUACAUUCACGAACGCUUCAUAGCCAUCUUGGACUACAGACUAGCUAUACUGCCACCGCUUUAUACGCUGCCCGAGGAUGAUCCUACCGUGCCAAUACAGGUCCAUGAAGGCUUCAACCAAAUUAUUAAACUCUUCCGACUUCUGGAUACGGAAUUUCUGAAUAGCUGGCUUGGUUCACAAGGCGAGAGUGUCACCAGUACCUGGGUCGAAGCCAAAUCACGAGAGCUUGAAGGCGAUCCAGAAGACGACGCACGCGAGCUAGCAAAUCUAUCUAUGAUGCAGCGUGCAGACCUAACCAUCACCCGUGAAUGGCUGCGAACGCUAGUCUGGCGCCUAGCAAUGGGUCAGACCCUCCUCUCAUCUAGAUCCUCGAAAGAGUGCCUGUCCCUCCUCUUUCCCGUCCGGCUAUCGAAAACCUUACGGCAACAAGUCUGUAGCAUGUCUCGUCAGGAUAUAGAAGUCCACGGAAGCAGUAUCACCCAAAAACUGUUCGAGAUCACAGACACAAUCGCCGACGUACUGAUCCACGUGCCGGCCGCAACCCUUGAUGAGACGGCGAUGCGCAUCGACGAUUUUCUCUUCAUUCUCGACUUCGUGUUGCUCUUCCCCCAGCUGGACGAUACGCGCCGCGGUAUCCUGCUGGAAAAGCUGGAACGGCUACAGACCAUGUUUCCCGAGGCGGUUAGCAAUGCAAGUUCGCCAAAUUUACCCCUCGAUCUGCAGAGCCCGGGGGCAAACGAUCCUUGGUACCAGGUCACGCAAUCCAAAACGGCUGCAGGGCUCGAAGACUUGGCCGAUGUGCAGGGACAGAGUGUUGAGGUGCCGAGAGCUGUGGCAAAGGUUGGACAGCUGGCGACUUGGAAUCUCAUUUCGCGGCGUCUGUCGAUGGCAACUUUCGGGAACACGUAG